ACGAUUUCCUUCAAGUUACGAAUGCCGGGUUGGGUGAUUCAGGUAGUUUGCCCCGAAGGAAUAACUAGCAAUAAUGGGAGUAACGAAAAAAACAACAAAAACAGGAGAUGGAACAAAUUUUCCAAAAGUUGGACAAACAGUGGUAGUCCAUUACACAGGAACACUCGAGAAUGGACAUCAAUUUGAUUCUUCGAGAGAACGUGGCAAGGAGUUUGAGUUUAAAAUUGGUAUGGGUCAGGUGAUAAAAGGCUGGGAUGAGGGAGUUAAGGAGAUGAGCGUUGGUGAAAGGGCAGUACUGACAUGUUCACCUGACUAUGCUUAUGGAGAUAGAGGCCAUCCAGGAGCUAUACCACCGAAUGCCACCCUGAUAUUUGAUGUAGAACUUAUUAGACUCAAGUGAACAUUCACCGCAGCACUGGAUGGGUGUUCUUGUUUUCCUGUUGGCUAUAUAUAGUCUGUAGGUUGUAGUGUAUUCACACAGAAUUUCAUAAUCAAUUUUUGUAUUCAACAUUUAAUUAUUAUAUACAUUUACUCAUUAUUGAGCUUCUGUAGGGUUACAUUCUGCAUGCAUUUUUGUAAGACAGUUUUUUUUUCAGAUUUCAUUGUCAGUCUGUACAUGGUUUAUUUUAGAAACUUUGGUCUCAUUAAUGGGUCCUUUUUUUCAGUUGUAUCAAAUCAUAGAGAACAAUUUUAAAAUCGUAAGUGAUUGAGUUGUAUAAUUUUACUGAUUGUCAUCGAAGAACUGGACAAAAGUCUAAACCCAGUGUAAACACUAGAUAUAUUGAACAUGUGUUAAGAUGAGUAUAAGAACAUAUGUACGAUGUCCUAAAGGAAGUACAAUUUUAAUGAUGACCUUGUUCUCAUGGCAUCCGAACAUUUAACAUGUAUUUUAUCAUCUUACUGUUCUGUAUUUGGUAUUAUUUAUUGUGUUAUCUAUGGCAGGAUCACUUACCAAACAGCCAUUGGAUGUAAUUUGUCAACAUCUUUGAAAGUUCUUUUUGCAAAAAUGAGAAUAUACUACUAUUCAAAAAUAUUUUUCAAUAUAAAUUAAUUUCUUAUUUUUUUUUACUUGUUUUGGCUUUGCUAAGCCAUCAAAAUGUAUUUCAAUUUAUAUUGACAACUGGUGAAUUUGAAAUAUCUUGGCAUUUUAGUAUCUGGUUUAAUUACGUUGAUCAAUUGAAAAGAAAACUGAUUAUUUAUUGCCUAAUUAUAAUGUAAUGAUUUUCAGACUUUAAAAUAGUCAAUGGUAAACAAGAACAUUUUGGUUGUAACUGAAGCUCAGAAGAUGCAUAGGGGUAAUUCUGUAUACAAAAUUGUAAUACCACAUAUAUGCCUUUCAAGAUUUUUGAAUAUAAUAUCACAUUAAAGCCGCACAGACUCGUUUUAUGAGCAUCAGAGAAUGUAAAAAAACCCACUAAAACUUGGUAAAAAUUGGAUGUUUUUGGGACAAUCCCUUGCCCCUUUUCAGGGAAAAAAAUAGAAUUUUAAUUUACAUCUCUACAUCUGAGUUUGCAAAAUACGUGUAUGGAACAAAGUACAUUUUAAAGUAGCAUACUGUUUGUGUUUACAGCAUGUUUAAUAUAAACAUCUGCCUUACUUUUUGCUUCAGGUUGUCAUAAUACAUUUUGGAAUUGAUAUUAAAAUUGAUGUCUGUAUGAAAGUG